AUGGAGAAAAGGCAGGCACCAUCAGCAGGGGGCGCCGCUGAGCUUGCUGAAACCAAAAUCCAGUCAACGCUGGUGGCCCGCGAUGUAGAUAUUGGACAGAUUCUCGAGACACAUGCGACGCCUGAGAUGGAACGAAAGGUCCUAUUGAAGCUGGAUCUCUACCUCAUUCCCCUCAUGGGAUUCUGCUAUAUGCUCCAAUAUAUGGACAAGCUUGCGCUCAGCCAGGCCACCCUGUUCAAUCUGACAGAGGAUCUGAACCUAAAGGGCAAAGAAUACAACUGGGCCUCGGCGAUCUUCUACUUUGGCUAUUUUGCAUGGAGUUGGCCAAGCUCGUAUCUCAUUGUGCGUCUUCCUCUGGGGAAGUACCUCGGCGCUGCAGUCUUUGUCUGGGGGGGUGUUCUCAUGUGUCAUGCAGCAUGCACCUCAUUCAGCACCCUGAUGGCAGCUCGUUUCUUCCUCGGAGUCGGAGAAGCGUCCAUUGCCCCCGGAUUUGCCAUGAUCACGGGCAUGUUCUACAAACGAGAGGAACAGCCAGCUCGACAAGCCGCGUGGUUUGUCGGCAAUUCCAUCGCAACGGUGAUCGGGGGCCUCGUGGCAUAUGGGAUCGGGCUGAUUCAGAACCCCAUUGUGAAUAGCUGGCAGCUCUUGUUCCUCGUUCUGGGAGCAGUCACCUCCGGCUAUGGCGUGAUUCUCCUCUUUUUACUCCCGGAUUCGCCAACCCAGGCCGUCUUCUUAACCAAGACCGAACGAUCCGUCGCCAUUCAGCGAACCCUGCAGAACAAGACGGGAGUCAUGGACACUGGGAAGUUCCGAUGGAAUCAGGUUUUUCUGGCCAUGAAAGAUCCCCAGACAUGGUUCCUCGUCUUGUACACAUUCUGCGUGAACCUCUGUAACGGAGGUAUCACGAGCUUUGCCUCGAUCAUCAUUGCCGGAUUCGGAUUUUCUAACCUCAAGGCCCUGCUCAUUCAAAUGCCCCUGGGAGCCGCCCAGCUGGUCUUUCUCAUUCUUACUUCGGGCAUUGCGACCUUAUUCCACAACACGCGAAUUCUCAUGAUGAUUUUAAACACGGUCACUUCGAUGAUUGGCAUGGUUCUCAUCUGGAAGCUGGAAAGCGACGAUCGUGCGGGCCGGAUGGCGGGUCUGUGUCUGGGAGCUGUCUUUGCCGCCAACAUCCCUCUGUCCUUGAGUUUGAUCAGUUCCAAUGUGGCCGGCUUUACCAAGAAAAGCACCGUCAGCGCGUUGAUGUUUGUGGCAUACUGCGUUGGCAAUAUUGUUGGACCACAAUUUUUUGUGCCUGCAGAGAAACCAAGCUAUUCAACGGGCAUCAAAGCGUCCAUGGCAGGCUUGGUUCUUGGCGUUUUCUUUUUGACCUGCUUAUACGUCUUUUAUGUGUGGGAGAAUCGUCGCCGCGACCGGCUGUACGGCACCCCAGAGCACUUUACCGAGACGGAAGAGCUGCAGGAUGAGCUCUCCAACAAAACCGACCAGGAGAUUGAAAGCUUCCGAUACGUUCUAUGA